AAUACGGAAUACACGCAAUUACUAACAGUUUACGUCUCCCCAUUGGCUGAUCACUCACUGUGAUAUGCCGUUAAAAACUGCUAUGUUAAUUUUCUUAGCCUUCUCCAUGAAUGUAGAUCUACAAAUGCUUUCUAACGGCUUCUUUUCUUCUUCCCGGUGUUUGACUUUGUCUAAAAAGCUGCACUACGCUAAAAAACAAAUUAUUCUAAACAGAAAUUGGACCGGUGUGUUUACGUUUGGUGAUAUCAUGGACUUUGAGCGUAAAUGCUACGUGAUAAAUUUUGCGGUUCCUACACCAGAGGUUAUACAACAAUUCUACAACGACAUUAACGAGCACAUGAUCGAACCACCAGCCUGGGAGUCUGCUGAGUUACUUAUGACGUUCUCUGAUGAUAAUAAUAUGACUUCCCAAGCCCUUCUCGUCUCAAAAGACAAAUAUAAAAACAAAAUGGAACCUGGCGUUUUUUACAUAGUACCUGAACGCAGUGUUCUGGAUACUGAUAUGGAUGCAUCAUUACCAGAUUGGGCAAAGGAGAGGGUCCCAUUGUUUCAAGUUAUUUUAAAGCUAAUAAGAAUUAGUUCAGGCCCGUGUAAAUCUAAUUUUUUGGUUAUUCUAGCGUGUGAUGCGGGAAUUUUAAUAGCAACCGAGGUUCAGGGUGAUUGUCCCACUCUGCAUAUGAUUAGAAGAAUCCUUGAUAGUUUGGAUCUAGAUGCUCCAGGAUACUUAACUUGCAUCGUAGCACCAACAAAUAUUACCAUGAAAUACCUACAAAACAACGAUGUUGCAAGCGAUAUGAACUAAAUAUAAAUCCAUGUUAAUGUAAGCCACUGUACAAUCAAGUCUUUAAUUAAAAGUGUUAUCAAAUUAUUUUACAAACUA